AUGCCAGCUCCACCGGACGCAUCGUGUGGCGACUUUGUACCUCGAGCGUACGGCCGCUACGAUGCGCCCGAGGGCAACGCAUAUGCUCGAGGCGGCUAUGCGACCCCAGACCAGGCAUUCUCACAAGACAGGCCUUUGAUCUUCCCACCCUGUAGCCCGCAGCCGCCGCAACACGUUGCUCUCGACCAGGGUCCUGGCUAUCACAGCUUCGACCCUUCAGCGCAGUUGACCUGGGACUGGACGCAAUCGCCGGGCUUCCCUGACUUCACCACCCAGCACGAACCACCGGGCGCGCUCCUGCAAGAGGCCGCAGAUCGCCAGACCCCCGCCGACGACUUCAGCAUUCCCCUGCCAGUGACCCCGUCUCCGGCCAUGAAGCGCAAGCCAGACACGGAGCUGUCCACCGCCCAGCAGCUUACCAACGAGCGCCAGAAGCCUUCCAAACGCCGAGCUGUGUCGCAGACGUCAUCUACAGCGUCACAAAGCUCCCCCGUACCUGCCGCCCCCGCCGAUGCUCUGCCGUCGCCAGCGGUCCCCAUCCACGCCACGCAAACUGCCGCCGACCCAGCCAAGCAGUCAAGGACGGAGGGCAAUGGAGAAGCACAGGAGCACAAAGGCGCGACGAAGGGCACGGGGCCGCAGGGCAGAGAGACUGACGUUUCGCAACCAAGAAGGGUUGUCGAGUCGGCUGGCAGUAGCGACAUGUUGCCGGCUGGGCGCGUGUUUCCCAUCCAAAUCGGCUCGGCUCUGUUCAGACUCUCUGGCGCGUCGCUGUGCUCAGAUGAGCACCCUCGUACUUCUCGCACUUUUUCAGCGAGCAGUUGCACAGCAACGGCGGUCGCUCAAACGACGUGAGGACUCUGUACAUUGAUCGCGACCCCGACACGUUCCGAGACAUUGCGCUGCAUCUGCAGGGCUACCACAUAGCCCCCCGCGACGGCGAACACUUUGUGAAGCUCUUUGCAGACGCCCAGUUCUAUUCCCGUACGCCCUCUCCUAAUUCCUUUCUGUCCCGCCAGCUAACCACCCCCAGUUCCCCGUCUGACCAAGCAGCUCUUCAAGAGCGACAUCUUUGUAUCCAUUGGCGGCACCCCUUUCCGCAUCCCGCGCUCCACCUUCUCCGCCCCCGGCGACAGCCCCAACUACUUCUCUCUUGGCUUUGCCCAAUGGUUCAGCACGCCCUCGGAAGUAUUUCCAGGGCUCGACCGCGCCGCGCUGCUGCGCCCACCGUCCAUCAGCCCGCCUAGCGUGCCGAACAAAAGCGGCGCGACCUUCAGCGAGCUGUUGAAGAUGCUACAAGGCUAUGAGGUGGAGAUCAGCGGAGAAGUGCAUCGGAGCCAGCUGUUGAAGGAUGCGCGCUACUUUCACCUGAAGGGGCUGGAGCAGCGUCUCGUGCCGCACGAGAUAUCCUACAACUUGAAAAGACAGCAGUCGGAGAUGCUGAUAAAACUGGAAGACAUACGACAGUCAGGUGUAUCCUUCAUACCAGAUACACCCCAUGCAGACACCGACACCACUCCAAAAUCUGGAAGCGUUUCCUACGCACGACCAUACACCGACGACACCACAUCGAACCACAUCCUCAUCCUGGAAACCUCCUCAACCGAAUCGACCACGCUCGUCCUCCCCCGGGCUGCUUCCUCCACCACCCCACUAGCCCUGUACGCCCACGUCUCGUUCCACGCCGACACCCUGCGCCGCAUCACCUCGCUCUUCAGCGUCAUCGCCAGCAAAAUGGGCCUCCCCUCGGCCCAGCCCCUGGGCCUGAUGCACACGCAGACCGGCUCCGGCGUCUCAGGGCAGCCCAUCACGCCCGCCAACUCCGGUAUCAGCGCGAGUACAGUGCGGGUACGAAUCGACGACGACUGUGCGCUGCUCGUCGACGGGGCAGCCGUGGAAUGCGCUCGCGACGCAACCGGGAAUCUCGGCUUCAAGCGCGGGGAAGCAUGGAUCUGGGGCCACCACGCCGACAACAACGGCGACAGGGAAGCAGCAGAAUGGAUCAUUCGACGCGCGCAAUGGCGCGUGCGCGUCGAGCCAAGCGACGUCCAGGGCAACUCUGAACCGGCUCGGCACGUGGUGCUCUGCGGCGUCAAAAUCGACGCCAUGACGCAGCAGCGCGCGAGGAAUGCCGCGAGAGCUUUCUUGAGCAAUGCGUAG